GUUCGGUUCUGCACGAUGGCAUCUCGGGCAGGCCCGCGAGCGGCUGGCACCGACGGUAGCGACUUUCAGCACCGGGAGCGCGUCGCCAUGCACUACCAGAUGAGCGUGACGCUCAAGUAUGAAAUCAAGAAGCUGAUCUACGUGCAUCUGGUCAUAUGGCUGUUGUUGGUUGCCAAGAUGAGCGUGGGACACCUAAGGCUCUUGUCCCAUGACCAGGUGGCCAUGCCCUAUCAGUGGGAAUACCCGUAUUUGUUGAGCAUUGUGCCUUCCCUCUUGGGCCUUCUGUCCUUCCCUCGGAACAACAUUAGCUACCUGGUGCUCUCCAUGAUCAGCAUGGGGCUCUUCUCCAUUGCUCCCCUCAUUUAUGGCAGCAUGGAGAUGUUCCCUGCAGCGCAGCAGCUCUACCGCCAUGGCAAGGCCUACCGCUUCCUGUUUGGCUUUUCUGCCGUCUCCGUCAUGUACCUGGUAUUGGUUCUGGCAGUCCAAGUUCAUGCCUGGCAGCUCUACUACAGCAAGAAACUCUUGGACUCCUGGUUCACCAGCACACAGGAGAAGAAACGGAAAUGAAGCCUGCCCAGUGGGCUCUCUAAGAGGGUAAAACCUGAGUCCAUAGACUGUGGCAUCUGUGAUGUUGAGUUCUCUGUUACCAUCUGCGGAGGAGACAAACUAGUAUUUAAUUUAUUCUGGACUAGCUACAACCGGGUGGCCAGUGGCUGUGGAACACUAUAACUGGUUGAAAUUGAGGCCCUGCCAGGCUUUGGCUUUUCCAGGCUGAGCUUUACCCUUGCCUUCUCUUGUUCAUACUCCCUGUUUCUAUUCAUCACCUCUUCACCACCAAUACUAAAAGAGAUCUGGAACCAAUCAGCACGUGAAAUUCUACUCCGAUCCAUCCGUCCUGGAGCAGGCACAUUUGGGAAGUGGCUCCCCCUACAGGCUGUUCUGGUUACUUCAAACCAUUUUAAUUAAACAACAACAAAGACUGUCUUGUGUCUUGUGUUUGAGAUUUG